CGACACAGUAUGAAUACGAGAAACGCUCGAGGCCUGCUUGAAGAAAAUGCCGACCUGAGGUUGCAGCUCCACCAGCAGAGGGAGGAAAUCCACCACCUCCAGAACCGCCUCCACAUCGAGAUCAGGACCAACAACGUCCUCGAUGCGCUGCAGGUGCCACAUCACCGGUACGCCCUUUACAGCGACCCCCUGGUGAACCACUGCGAGGGGCAUCAUGAGCAUCAUGAACAGCUGCUGCAGCUUGAAGCCGAGUUCAAGAGCGAACUGCAGGACGCCAAAGUCAAGGUGAUGGACCUGCUGAGGAUGCUGCAGCAGAAGGACAAGGAGAUGUCCCGAAUGAAGACGGACGUGGAGGCCGUGAUACGCAGGCACAAGGUGAUCGUGAAAGAGCUGCAGCAGAAGGAGAAAGAGUGGAAGAGGAAAUACGCCGCGCUGGAGCCGGGCAGGAAGUGUAUGAGGGAUAAAGCGUACUCCGAGUCCUACCACGAGGUUUCCUCAACAGGAGAGGAGGAGGAGGAGGGGGAGGAGGACGAGGAGGAAGAUGUUAACGUGGAAGGGGAGGAUUACCAAGUCGUUGGACUGAGCCACACAAUUGAAAGUUGUCUUUCAUUACAGCCGCCUAUAUAUAUCUCCUGACUUCCUCUUCUUGAACUCUCUAGAAAACAUCUAGAACUGGCUGGCUAGUGUUGGGAGUUUUUCCAAUUCCAGAAGAUGGCGUAGAGGUAGAACAUUCUAGAACACAUCUAGAGAGCUCAGUUGUCCAACACUUGCCUUAGUAGUUUACAUAAUGACACUUUCACAGUAGCAUCUGUGUACGUACACAAACAUCGUCACAAAGGUAUAGCUACACUCGUGACAAAGACGGCCUUGGAAGGCCUUUGACGUAUCAGGGCAGCCACAUGGUCUCCUCUCAAGGCUUUGCUCAUUUUGCCAAAUUAAAA